CGCGCAUCCAAGGGACAACAAUCGCCCAAGAGAGGACUCGCUUAAAACAGCCCGAAGAUGGGUCGCUUAACAAUACUAUUGCUCUGUCUGGCUCUUGUGGUGUCAGUUGUGGCCAAACGCGGGAGUGGAUCCAAAGGUGGAUUCGGCUGGGGUAAAACUAGUAGUAGUUCAAACAAAGGUGGAAGCAGCUCCGGAAACAAAGGUGGCAGCAGCAGUAGUAGUAGCAGCAGCAGCAGCAGUAAAGGCACCUCAUCACAUGGGACACACUCAUCCCCUGGAAACUAUCCUCGCCAACCUCAAGUACCAAACCAGAAUCCACCUCCCUACCCUGGUGCUGGAGGUGGGUACCCUGGUCAAGGAAGAUAUCCACCAGCAGGCUCUAACCCAGGAUACCCAAACCAAGGGAGCUACCCAGGACGUGCUGGAUACCCUAACCAAGGUGGGUACCCAGCCCAAGGUGGAUACCCAGCCCAAGGUGGCUAUCCUGCGCAAGGUGGCUAUCCUGCGCAAGGAGGUUACCCAGCGCAAGGUGGAUAUCCACAAGGUAACUACCCAGGACGUAGUGGUUACCCAGGACAAGGUGGUUACCCAGCACAAGGUGGCUACCCAGGCGGAGCAUCAUAUCCUGGAGCAGGGUCGUACCCCAACAGGUACCCUGGUGGAAACCCUUACCCAGUUGGUGGGUCCUAUCCAGGUUAUCCAGUCCGAGGAGGUUCCAGUCCUAACCAGUUUGGUGGAGGUGUUGGAGGAGCAGGCGGAUAUCCUGGAGCGGCACAGUAUCCAAACUGGAACCCCAACAAUAAAAUCAUGAGCCCAGCCUAUGGCGGCAACUAUGGUGGUUACGGAUAUGGUGGCAGAUCACCUUUCGCCCAGUCAGUGCAGGGCAUGGGUAUGGCCCCUUCUUACAAAUCAAAGGGAUUCGGCAAGCAAGCAAUUAUAGCUGCUGGAGCUGGGGCUGUGGCUGGAAUGGCUCUGGGAUAUGGCCUGGGAAGUUUCCCCCGCCCCCGUUUCCACUUUCACAACCCUCAGGAGGAAUACUACUAUAAUCACUACAUGUACAGACGGUAUGGCCAGACUCCACCUGACGGUAACAUGAAUGGGAACACUAACUCUCAAGGCGGCAUUCCUGGUGAUGCAGGAUCGGCUUCUGCAGGACAAGGAAAUCUUAACCCUCAUGAAAUCUUCCAGAAUCCUCCUCCUCAGUCCUAUGACAAGUUUAUGGACACGUGUAUGAAGAGGACAGAUUUGCUCAGAGAGAAAUCGGAAGGAAGAUCGAGGAGAUCCCCUGACCUCUUUGAGCCCCAGGCAGCAGAAGUAGACAGUGAUCAGAGUGAAAUGCAAGAAAAUGUUACAAACAACAACAGCACUUCUGAAAGAACCAACUCUGCAGCUAGUACAGAUGAUUCUGUAACCACAAACCCACCAGAAACACCCAGCCAACCUCAAAAGCAGACCCAAGAAAGAGCAGCAGAAGCCAAUGAUGAUAAUGACGGCGACACUGUUAGCAUUAUGGAGAUUGGCUAUCCUAUGCUAAUCGAGCAAAUGAAAGCUCGACGUUGUGUUGAGCUGUACAUGGUCUACGCAGAACAGCAUGCAGAAAAACAGGCACAAGCUCAAGCUAAGAUGGCGGAUGAAGCCAGAAACGGUAGUGGCAACCUUCCAGGACCCAUAAGCCACGGAGGCAUGUUACUUAUCACUAGCAUCCUGUCUCUUAUCUUCAGUUCCCUUCUACACUGACAUUCUCAAGUAGAUGACACGUAAAACCCUUUCAUCAUGGCGGAGAGACAGAUGAGUGAACCAAUCACGCCUACGUUACCUAACAAAUUUAUCUUUGAUUUUGGGCAGGACAUUUUUGAAAGACUACUUGAAGAUUCAACAGAAAGUACUGACAUUUCUCACAAUCACUUUUGUUCAGUAACGUUACUAAACUGCAACAUGAGCCACCUAACAACUUCACAUGAGCCUGUUCUUGGAAGCAUUAUAUAUUAUAAUAUCAUUUUCCCCCUAGCAAAGUUCACCUUCCAUCACUGCCACCUUUCUUGCAUGUAGUUUGGUGAACGUUAGUUUGGCUUCCGAGACAGCAUGCUGCAUGAACAUUUCAUUACCUCCAGGUUUUUUUGCAUGGCAUUGGCAUUUGGCUAAUCGUUUUCAGCUGGCAACAGUAAAUGAAUCAAAGAUUUUAAUGACAUCAGGUGGUGGCUUCUUGUUGAAUUUUUUUAAUGGCUCUCCUGCUUGUGUAGUACUUACUGAAACAUUUGUGUUGUAGUGUUUAUUUUCCAUUAUUUGGACUGUUAACCGAAUUAACUGAGCUAUUUAUUGUUGUAUUAAAUUAUAAUUUUGACCAUUUUAACGUUCGUUAAAUGUCCUCCACUGUUGGUUUUCCUAUUUUAUUUCCUGAUGGCACUUCAUACAGAAUUCUCCUUGUGUUUUAAUCAGCUCUUUUGUAAAAAUGAUCUAGACUUUGCCCGUUUAAUUCUCUGCAGUGAAAAUACUGCAUUUUAGGAACUAAUGGCCUGUUUCCACUGAGUGGUACUGUACGGGUCACCUUUAUCAGACUUGCAUUUCCACUGCCAAAUUGUACCAAUUGUGGGCGUGGUGUCAGAUAGAAAGUUGCAGUCGAUGUUCUUGUUGUUUGAGGAAAUGUCAUAGUAAAGCUGUACGAGUCGUUCACAUCAUACGAAAAGCUCAGGGUGCUUUCACACCUGCCUUAUUUAGUUCGGUUGAAUCGCACUAGAGUUCGUUUCCCCUUUUGGUGUGGUUCGUUUGGGCAGGUGAGAAUGCAGCAAUCGUACUUGAGUGUGCACCAAAAGCGGACCAAAUAAGCAUACCGAGACCUGCUUGAAGAGGUGGUCUCGGUACGCUUUCAAACGAACCCUGGAGUGGUUCUUUGUGGUGAGAAUAUGAUCCGUACUAAAACAGACCCAACCGCAAAAAGUACUGCGCCUUUUAGACCAAUUCAGCUGCCGUAGGCUGAUGCGCUGUGCAUUAUGGGAUAUGGAGGAAAAAUAUUUGUCGACAGCGCUUUACCAACAGAGAGAGAGAGAGGGGGGAAAACACUACCUGAUGGAUCGUUGGUAAUAUUUACGCAAGAUGAGCAUGUCGCAGUUUAGCUAAAUUAAUUCACGGAUCCUCCUGAAGUGACGAGCGAUGCAUUAAACACUGUUUUCCAGCCGCGCUUCAUUUUCGUAAUGUAUAGUAGUUUCUUUUGUUGUGCUAGGAAAGUGGUACGUAACGGUUCGGUUUUUGGUACCUUUUGACAGUGGAAAUGGCCAUAAAAGCGUACCAAACCAUACCACACCGUACCACUCAGUGGAACAGGAAAUAAAACAAUCCACAUCCAGAUCUGAUGUGUCUUUCAUUCCACUCCACAUUUUAAGCGCUUUCUGUGUGAAUGACUCUCUAGUGAAUGUACACUGUAUGGUUUUAACUCGAUAUAUGUAUAAUAAUAUCCCAGCGUGUCAAUUCAUAUCAUAUGUAUGCAUGUGUACUGAUUCAGAGAUGCGCUCAUGCAGCUCAUCUCCAUUUCUCACCAAGAUAAAACAUCAUUUUAUAUAAUCUUGGGUCUCUAUCAGUAGCUUGGGUGCUGUGGUUUCCUUGAACAUUACUGCUGAACAUUCAAGUAGAUUAACAAACGAGCUUGGCACUUUGCUAAAUCAUUGACCUAGGGACUUUGGCACUGGAUGAUCAGCAGAAGGCAAUGUAUAACGCCUUAUUGUUCGCAUAUGUAAUAAUGUUAUGCCUUUGGGAUGUUGUGAAUGUUCAUGUGUGUGUAAUGUUACCAUCACUGGGAUUAAAGUGAUUAAAUGCACCUUA